AUGCCGCCCUUCGUCUCCCGCAAGCGCAAUUCCUCGGCCGACCCGCCCCCAGCCAAGCGCCAGGCCCGAGCAAAAUUACCCACGGCGGCCCCCGUCGUAGAUAAUUCUGACUCGGAUCUGUCGUCGUUGAGUGAUGCACCCGAGAGCGGUCUAGACACUCCGGAUGGUCUCCAACGAAGCAAGGCAGACAAUCACGACAACAACGAUGAAGAUGACAACGACGAGGAGGAAGAGGACGAGGAAGAGGACAUUGAUUGGGAAGACGCCAUCGAUCCCGACUCGACCAGCGCGACCACACCCGUCGUGACUGGACCUCAGCCAGAAUUGCAAGAUUUGGAGUUGACCUUGAACCCCCAUGAGCAGCAGGAGGUGCCGGAUCUCGGAGACGGAAAGAAAGGCCCCAGCAAGAUUGAGCGCCAAAUCCGCAUCCAGUCCCAUUGCAUGCACGUCCAGUGCCUGCUCUUCCACAAUGCCAUUCGGAAUGCCUGGAGCAAUGACGAAAAGGUCCACGCGAUUCUGCUGAAGAAGCUUCCCGAGGGGAUCCAGAAAGAAAUCAAGAAAUGGCGAGUCGCCUCGGGCUUGGAACUUCCAGAACCAAAGCCGCAGCCCGCCAAGGGAAAGAAGAAUAAGAAGAACGGGAAGCCGGCCCGCAAGAACAAAGAUUGGGGCGAGGACUCCCAGAGGCUGGAGCCAGGUCAGCCAGACAUGAGUCGCGGUGACCCCAUCAUCGGCCUGCUGAAGAUCUUGGUCGCGUACUGGAGGAAACAAUUUCGCAUCACCGCGCCUGGAUUACGGAAGCAUGGAUAUCGUCCCAUACCAGCUGUGGAAGCGGUGAUCAAGGAAUUCCGAAACGAGGAACAUGACCCCGAACGCCAUGGCGAGCGCAUUGCGAACAAGGACGAGUUUCGGGCGGCGGCCGAGCGGAUGCAGGGUUCUAGAGAUCUCGGAGCCCAGCUCUUCACCGCGCUCCUUCGAGCCUUGAAGAUUGAAGCAAGGCUGGUCGGGAGUUUGCAGCCUUUGGGCUUUGGCUGGACCAAAGCGGAAACCUACAACGGCUCCUCAAAGACCGGAACUAAGGCAAGCGUGACGCCCGCAGAGGACGACUUGGGAGACUCGGAUGACGAUUCAGACGAAGAGGGUGAACGCACCGCGCCCAAGAAAAGACAAUCUCAAUACGAUCAGGACAUGCCUUUUCCAAUCUACUGGGCCGAGGUUGCAUCUCCGGUCACCCACGAGAUUAUCCCAGUCGAUCCGCUCGUUCUCUCAAAUCCCAUCGCUCCGACGCCCGAGUUACAGGCCGCCUUCGAACCACGCGGGGUCAAAGCUGAUCGCGCAAAGCAGGUCAUCUGCUACGUGGUUGCGCACGCGGCUGACGGCUCAGCCAAGGAUGUGACGACUCGAUACCUCAAAAGACGGACAUGGCCGGGCAAGACGAAGGGAUUCCGGAUGCCCGUUGAGAAGAUUCCACUCCCGGGUCGUCGUCGAGGCCUGUAUCAUGAAUUCGACUGGUUUCGAGUGGUUAUGCGUCCGUAUACACGACCACAAGAGAAACGAACAAAAGUCGACGAGAUCGAGGACACCAAGGACCUACAGCGGAAGCAGCCCGAAAGAAAAAAGCUUGACCAGACCACGGACACAUUACAAAGCCUUCGCCAGUCCCCCGAGUUCAUCCUGGAAAGAUUCCUGCGUCGCGAAGAAGCCCUCGUUCCCGGGGCAGAGCCCGUGCGAAUGUUCACGUCUGGGAAAGGAGCCAAGGCCAAGCAGGAGCCGGUAUAUCGUAGAGCGGACGUGGUCAAGUGCAUGUCCGCGGAAAGUUGGCACAAAGAAGGCCGACAGAUUCUGCCCGGCUCCGUGCCGUUGAAAAGAGUACCCAUCCGAUCCGUCACCCUGCGCCGCAAGCGCGAGGUAGAUGAGCUGCAACGUGAGACCGGCGAAAAACCCACGCAGGGACUUUACUCCCGUGAUCAGACAGAAUUUAUCAUUCCUCCCCCCAUCGUCGACGGCCGCAUCCCGAAGAACGAUUAUGGCAACAUCGACUGCUUCGUACCGACCAUGGUCCCCAGAGGUGCAGCCCACGUCCCCCUACCGGGCACAGUGCGUAUAUGCAAGAAACUCGGCAUCGACUAUGCAGAAGCCGUCACCGGAUUCGAAUUUGGCUCCAAGAUGGCCGUCCCCGUGAUCCAAGGUGUGGUCAUCGCCGCCGAGAACGAAGAUCUCCUCCGCGAUGCAUGGAGAAUUGACGCCGAGGAGAAGCGGAAACGAGAAGAACUCAAAGCCGAGAAACGUAUUCUGCAAACAUGGCGCAAAUUUCUCUUUGGUCUGCGGAUCACGGAGCGCGUACAGGAAGAGUACGGCGCAUUCGAUGCAACGCACGAUCGUGAGCGUGAUGCCUCUAAUCCUUUCGCCGCGCGGAAGAAAGGGAAACUUGAGCCCGACGAGCCUGAACUCGAGCCGGAUGUUGACUUUCCGGAACAUGAGGAUGACUUUGAGCAUCAAAGUUCUCAUAAUGCGCUCGAUCACGGUGGCGGGUUCUUGUUGCCGGGCGAGGAAGCUGAGGCGGCUGCCGACAAUGAUUUGAUUGUUGAACAGCAUGAUCAAGAUCGUCGGAAACGCGCAGCGCCUCUGACUGUUGACAGCGACGACGACAUCUUGGUCUCGGGGGACGGGCAAGAAAAUGAGGAAGACGAUGAGGAGGAGGACGAGUCAGAAUCUGAAUAUGCACCAUGA